AUGGGAGACUGUUAUGAAGGUCAGAAUUUAACAAGCAGCUCAAGUCAAGUCAACUAUUCACCAGAAGUUAUAGCUCACGUAUUUUUGUCUGCUUUGAAUAUUUUUCUCUCCGUCGUCGCGUUUUUGGGCAAUACUCUUAUCCUUUUUGCUUUUCGGAAAGUCUCCUCUAUUCACCCACCAACGAAACUCCUGUUCAAAUGCUUGGCUUUCACGGAUCUCUGUGUUGGUCUUAUUGCACAGCCUCUCUAUGCCGCAUAUAUUCUACUAGAUGAUGUUGUGAGAAUCAGCUGUACAUUUCGAAACAUUGCCAUCAACGUAAACAACGCUUCCAGCUUCAUUCUCUGUGGAGUCUCCAUGUUCACAUCCACCGCCAUAAGUGUGGACAGGCUUUUCGCUUUGGUGCACGGCAUACGCUAUAGACAUGUCGUAACACUGAAAAGAGUGCGCGCGGCUUUAGCAUGUUUUUGGUUGAUUGCGAUCUGCGGUGUAUUCCUGAACGUAUUUCUUGGGUAUUUUAUCGCCGAAACUGCAGGCAUUGCUUUUGUGAUUCUGUCAGUCCUCAUCUCACUAAUUUCUUACACGAAGAUUUUCUGUGGACUACGGCAACAUCAAUCUCAGCUUCAACUAAGCGGGGACGAGGCUCAAGGACAGCCGAAAAGCGCAGGAUUUCAGCUGAACAUAAGAAAAUACAAGAGGACGGUUUCGAGCAUUGCCUGGGUACAGUUGGCAUUACUUGCAUGUUACUUGCCCUACAUAAUCUCUGUUAUUAUAAUAACGGCAAACGGCUGGAGUGGAAAACAGAAGAUCCUUUCGCGAUCUACAACAACUCUAGUUUACUUAAACUCGUCUCUAAACCCAUUGUUUUAUGUGUGGAAGAUUAAAGAGGUGAAGAGAGCCGUGAAAGUGAUCCUAAGACGAAUCUUUUGUUUGUUAGGCUCAGGUAUUCAAAUCGACAUGAGGGAUUCGACUCAAAAUACAAAUUCAAAUGUUGGCGGAACUCUUUCACGCUUUGCGUGA